AUGUCAAAAACACGCGUUGUGAGGUUAGGUCAGUGCGGUUACGUCAGAAUGAGUGAAAAAAAAUAAUUUUUAAAGUAAGUGUAGGCAGUUUUUAGGAUUCAUUGCAUUUUUUGAGUUAUCAAGCAGUAUUGAUAUCAUGUUCAUAAAUGAGAGAAUUGUGAUUCUCUACGGUUCUCAGUCGGGCAAUGCCCAAGAUUUAGCUGAACGAAUUUGGCGAGAAUCGAAACAUUUCCACUUCAAAAGCACUGUAAAGUCUAUGGACGAUUACAAUGUUUUAGAACUAGUCAGUGAGCAGUGUGUGAUUUUUGUUUGUUCAACCACUGGCCAAGGUGAGGAGCCGGACAACAUGAAGCAGUUUUGGAGGUUUCUGUUGCGGAGAAAUCUACCAACGGACUCACUAGUCAAUUUAAAGUAUGCUGUGUUUGGAUUAGGGGAUUCUAGUUACACUAAGUUUAAUUUUGCUGCAAAACGGUUACAUAAGAGGUUGCUACAGUUGGGGGGUCGGUCUUUGGUCCCCUUAGGUUUAGGUGACGACCAACACGAUUUGGGGUAUGACGGGGCCGCUGACCCUUGGAUCGAGUCCUUGUGGACGAAAUUGCUACUCAUUUACCCGCUGCCAACAGGGGUUCAGCCUCUGCCCAAAAACUUGCCUAUUGUGCCUCGUUGGGGCGUGCAAACAUCGAGUUUGAGCCAAAACCUCGCAAACAAACCUAAAUCAAUUUAUCACCCCAUUCGCCAACCUGACGAUUUCACAGUCACUGUUAUCGAAAAUGAAAGAACCACUCAUUUUGACCACUUCCAAGACGUCCGGCUCAUCAAACUACAAACCAAGGGCCAGGGGUAUUCCCCGGGCGACGUCGUCCUUUUACGACCCAAAAACCUGCCAUGGCAAGUCGAAACGUUCCAAAACUUGCUCAAAUCGCACAAUUUACACUUCGACAUGACGCUCAAAAUCACACAAAACGACCCCGACAUUCCCGUCCCCGACGUUCUAACCCAAGAACUGACGUUUCAACAACUGUGUGAAGAAUACUUCGACCUAAUGUCAAUCCCGCGAAGACACAUCUUCAACAUUCUGGCCCAAAUCACCGACAGCGAAUUGGAGAAAGAGAAGUGUCUCGAAUUCACAACGGCCGAAGGCCAGGACGACCUCUACACCUACUGCAACCGGCCCAAGAGGAACAUCGUGGAAGUCCUUCAGGACUUCCCCCACGCCACCAAAAAUCUCACCAAAGAGCUGCUCUUCGAGAUUUUACCACCAAUCAAACCGCGCGAAUUUUCAAUCGCCAGCAACAGUAAAUUCCACCAAAACCAAAUCCACAUUCUUCUGGCCGUCGUCAAGUACAAAACUAAGUUAGUGAAGGAACGGUUCGGCCUAUGUUCGAAUUAUUUAGCCGAGUUGAAGCCGGGCGAUCAAGUGAGCGCGAGGCUUAAGAAGGGGAGUUUCCGUUUCCCGGCAUCGGACGUCCCGGUGAUCAUGGUCGGCCCUGGCACCGGCGUCGCCCCCUUCCGGAACUUCAUCUACGAGCGCGUUAGCGCAGGUGCGGCCUCUAGUGGCAACCUGUUGUUAUUUUUCGGGUGUCGCAACUCAAAUUACGAUUUUCAUUGCAAGGAGGAUUUCCUCACUUUGCAAAAAACGGGUCAAUUAAACCUGAUCCCGGCCUAUUCCAGGGAGCAGGAGCACAAAGUUUACGUUCAGCACAAAAUCCUGGAAAAUUGUGACCUAGUGUGGGACUUUUUGCAACGCAAUGGCCAAAUUUUCAUAGCCGGGAAUGAACCCGUCAAACUGCAACCAUCCUGGGAGGAGAACAAUUUACCCGAAGACGAAUUGAAUUUUAAGAACCAAACCAUGGACGACGCCAGUCUGGCCCUAAACCAGCCUCCGGACAAAUAUAAUUUAGUGUAUUUGACUUUUUUGAUCCACGGAAUUGGAGUUUUAACGCCUUGGAACAUGUUUAUCACUGCCGAUAAGUAUUUUACAGAACACAAAUUGUCAGAGGAGUACACUGGCGAGAUUUUACCGUACGUGACGAAUUUUAUGCAAUAUCUCACUUUUGCUUCCCAAGUUCCUAAUGUGUUUUUCAAUUGGCUUAAUAUUUUUAUACAAAUCGGUGGUAAUUUAACCACGCGUAUAGUUUGGAGCAUUAGUAUCGAAGUAGUCGUUUUUAUAGUAACUAUUGUACUUGCAAUGAUAGAUACGAGCACGUGGCCAGUUCCGUUUUUUUGGAUAACGAUGGUGUGCGUAGUUAUUUUGAAUAUGGCCAAUGGCAUUUAUCAGAACACCGUGUUCGGAAUGGCCGCCAAACUGCCAGGGAAAUACACAGGAGCUGUGAUUUUAGGCUCUAAUAUUAGCGGGACUUUCACAGCUGUUGUCUCGCUGUUAUCGACCAUAAUGGCCUCGAAUAAAAAAAUGGCAGCCAUUUAUUACUUCAUCACGGCGCUUUUUGUGCUGCUCGUUUGCUUUGACACCUACUUUGCCUUACCCCUCAAUCGAUUCUACCGCCACCACGAGCUCCGCGAGAAGAAAAACGCGGAACUGCGAAAACAAAUGAACCAGGGACGCACCCAACGCAUCCCCUACUUGCACAUCCUCAAAAAAUCCCUCCCCCAACUUUACAACGUCUUUUUCAUAUUCUUCGUAACCCUAUCAAUUUUCCCAGCUAUACAGACAAACGUUAAACGUGGUGACGAGAAUUUUUUUAUUGGCGAGGACUAUUACACAGGAAUUACGUGUUUCCUCACUUUUAAUGUUUGUGCGAUGGUGGGCAGUUAUCUGACUAGCUUACUGCGUUGGCCCGGUCCGAAAUAUUUAUGGAUUUUUGUCACUCUCCGAGUGUUGUAUAUCCCGUUUUUCUUUUUUUGUAAUUACCAGAUCAACGGGAUUGAGCGGCAUAUUCCGGUGUACGUCACGAGUGAUUGGGUUUAUUGGAUAGUCGCCAUCACAAUGGGGCUGACUAGUGGGUACUUUAGCUCCCUGGCCAUGAUGUACACCCCAGGGUGCGUGGAAGAGAGAUAUUCCUCGACGGCGGGCAUGUUCGCCGCCGCUUCUUUGAUAACUGGUAUCUUUACCGGGAUUUUGUCGACAUUUUUAUGGCCUUGGAUAAUCAAGCAUGUCAAAUACUAGCAAAAGUGUUUGGUAUAUGAUACGGAAACGGAAUUAUCUAUACAAUUUUAGAUAGUAGUUUCUGUCAUAUGCCAUAGAGAAACAAGUAUGAUUUCAAUGGGUCCCGAAUCAUAGUUCUUCCAACUAACGAAGAAUAUUGUUUUGUAGCAGUUUUGUAAAUAGUUUUAGUCCCAUUGGCUUUUCAAAAAUGUUUUCUGGGAAAACCACUAGAUUUGCAUUUUGAUAAGACGUUUGCAAGACUGACCGUACAUUAGUUCUAGUUUGCUACUUGUGUUUUCUAUGUUUUUCAAUAAAGUUAAUUUGGUGUU